CCUCCAGGAGCGCUCCGGGAGCAGCCGCUGCAUCCGGGCAGAGGGAGGAGGGACGGGCGGCCACUGCAGCAGGGCAGAGGAUGUUACUUAACGUGGCUCCAGUCUCCUCCCCCUCGCCGGUUCGGCUGGGGGAAGGGGGGAGCGGGCUGUAGGGAAGGGAUAAGCGGCGGGGUGGGGGGGGUUUGGUGAUGCCGGGAGCUGCCGGAGCCCCCCGAGCGCAGCCCGCCCGCCGCAGCCCCGGGGCCGCCGGUCCCGCAGGGGGCUGCGUCCCCUGGAAGCCUCCCGUCACCUCCUGAGGCGAAGCUCGGGCUCGAAGCCCCCGAGAGAGGCAGAGAAGGAGCUCUGCGGUGCUCCAGCAUCCCCGGGGCCCUCUCGCAGCGGGAGGGCUGGAAGAACGGAGGCUCCCGGCUCCGGCAUCCCGGCGUGGGAAAACUCCCGUGAUCCCGACAGGGGAUGUGCCCAGGCUCACCGACAAGGUGCUGCUGGGUUUAGACACCUCGGCAGGAGAAGAGCCUCAGGACUUUGCUGUAAAUCAUGGCAGAUACCCCCGAAGGGGCCAGUCCUCCGUGCCUGGUGCUAAUUUGUGCCUGAAGCCUCCAGACCUGCCCAGGACAAAUAAGAACCUCCUGGGAGACGCACAGGCACUUAAUUUUCCUCAAUGAAAAUAUUGAUGACACUCAACUGAAAACAUGUGUGUUGAUCCUGCCCCUUGAAAAGAGGGAAAGGAGCAUCCUGGGAGUCUCCUUCUGCCUGCUGAGGAUCUGUGGGGCACAGGAGUUUCUCAGAGCUGCUGGGCUCUGCUCCAUGACUAACACAAAGGACUCUGAGAGAACUAUGGACUCCCCUCCGGUGACCUCCAGCCCUGCACCAGGGCCUGUUACCUUCUCACAAGUUUUUGGGCAGCAGUGCCAGCUCAUGGAAGCAGCCGUUGAGUCACUGCACUCCUUGAACGACCAGAUCUCCCAUUUCAUCGUCAACAAGUCAAAAGCGCUGGAUGAGGAUGAAGAUGCCUUUCUGCCCAGCGAGAAGGAAUCCCUGAAAAGUGCCAUGAUGCUGAUGAGGCACCUCCUGAUGGAUGCACAG